AUGCCGAGUAAUUGCACCCCCAUCAGUGGCCAUGGAUUUGUGCUGGACAAGUACAAGUGCCAAUGCAGGAGAGGAUUUUACCAUCCCAGCCGAGGCCCCUACAGGGACGAGUCCCCCGACACGUCCAACCGGUGCCUGCCGUGCCGCGAGGGCUGCCCCUUCUGCCAGGACGACACGCCCUGCCUGGCGCAGGGGGACGGCGUCCUGCGGCUCGCCGUGGCCUCCUUCCAGGGACUGUGCAUGAUGCUGGACCUGGCCAGCAUGGUGGUCGUUUACCACUUCCGGAGGAACAAGAGAAUCCGUACAUCUGGAAUGAUUCUGCUGGAAGCCAUCUUGUUUGGGGCUUUACUGCUCUACUUCCCGGUGAUGAUCCUGUACUUCAAUCCCAGCGUGUUCCGGUGCAUCCUGCUGAGGUGGGUGCGCCUCCUGGGCUUCUCCAUCGUCUACGGCACCAUCAUCCUCAAGCUGUACAGGGUGUUGAAAGUCUUCCUGUCGCGCACGGCCCAGAGGACGCCCUACAUGACCAGCUGGCGCGUCCUGCGUCUGCUGGCGGUCAUCCUGCUGGUGGUGCUGUGGUUUCUGGUGGCCUGGACCUCGGCCGUCUGUCAGAACCCGGAGCUGAACCGAGCCCUCAUCGCCGCGGGCCUCACCCCGGAGGGACUGCAGUUCAGCAUGUGUCUGCUUGACCGGUGGGACUACAUGAUGGCCGUCGCGGAGUUCCUGUUCCUGCUGUGGGGCGUUUACUUGUCCUACGCCGUCCGCACCGUCCCCUCGGCUUUCCACGAGCCGCGCUACAUCGCCGUGGCCAUCUACAACGAGCUCCUCAUAUCGGCCAUCUUCCACAUCAUCAGGUUCUCUCUGGCGCCGGGACUGCACCCCGACUGGAUGCUCAUGUUGUUCUUUGCUCACACUCACCUGACGGUGACCGUGACUCUGGGCCUGCUGCUCAUUCCAAAGUUCCUGUCCAAAGGCACCCAGGCCAGGGACGAUAUCGCCACCGAGGCCUACGAGGAGGAGCUGGACAUGGGCAGAUCUGGCUCCUACCUCAACAGCAGCAUCACCUCUGCCUGGAGCGAGCACAGCUUGGACCCGGAGGAUAUCCGGGUGAGGGGAGCCAUUCCGAGAAAAGCUCGAGAGGACUCCCUGAGGAACAAAGUGAUGGGCCUGACCAAGUCGCUCAGCUACGACCACGUUUGCGAGCAGGACGCCGAGACCGGGAGCCAAACGGGCUCGGUCCCGGGGGACAAGACCACCCCGGUGGGAAACGGCGGAGAGGGCUCCAUCCUGGGAUCCCUCAUCGGCCGCAGACCCGGCAAGAAGCAGCUGGAGCCGGCGGGGACUCCGCCCAGGCUGGAGCCGGCCGAGUCCACAGAGUCCGUCCCUCUCUUCUGGAAGUCGGCCAGCGCCCACAACCUCACGCACGAGAAGAGGCCCGUGCACCUGCGCACCUCCAUCAUGCAGAAGUCCCUGAGCGUGAUCGCCAGCGCCAAGGAGAAGAUGCCGGGCAUCGCCAACAAGACCCAAAGCGUGGAGGACGCCGGCAAGAAGAGCCAGAAGGGGCAGGACGGGCGAGUGCUGUCAGAGGUGGACGAGACGCCCGAGCACUUCCCCAAGAUGAUCAUCAGCCAGUCGGUGGAGUACUCCAAAACCCCCAUGAAGAUGGGCAUAAUGAAGCAGCAGGUGAGCGGUAGCCAGCCGUCCAUUUGCUCGGAGACGGGCAGGAACCUCUCGGACGUGUCCGAGGUUUGCCCCUGGGAGCUGGAGGAGGUCCAGACGCCCACCGAGGGAAAGGCCCAGAAGCACGUGUCCAUCGCCCCCGGGGAAACCACCGCCGGCCGGAGGGGCAGCGGCAGCUCGGCCACCUCAAAGGUCAGUCGCUCCCAGCAGAGGCAGAAGACCGGUCAGUCCCCCUCCAACAAGCGCCGCUCCAAAGACAAAGCGGGGGAGCGGGAGGAAGGGAGGGAAGUGAGGAAAUCUCACCCCCCGAGGUCCCCUUUACCCCUAAAGCCAGACGUGUGCCCGUGGGAGUUUGAUGACCAGCCCAUGCUGGGGGGGGAGACGGAUUCCAUCUCCCCUGACCGCAUCCGGAGGAAGAAAAGCGUCACGCCCACCGACGGGAAGCCGAAAGGUCUCCACUCGGACCACUCCCGGUCCACGGGCAGCCUCCUGCAGCCCCCGUCUCUGAUGGUGGAAAUCUGCCCGUGGGACUACAACGGCCCCCCCUCGCCCAAGCAGGAGAGGACCUGCAGCAGCCCCACCGCGCACAAGAAGAAGCGGAAGGGCUCCUCGUCGUCCGGCCACCGGUCCGAGAGGGAGAAAGGGAGGGAGAAGAGCCGGGAGAGGCGGAGCUCGUCCAGCAAGCCCCCCCCGGAGAGGCGGCGGGUCAGCCAGUCCUCGGAGUGCGGCGGGUCAGCCCCGGAGCGCCGGAGGAGCUCCACCAGAGACGCGGAGGGGACGGAGGGCCGGAGGUCAGAGGCCGAGCACGCGCACGGCUGCCCGGCUCAGACUAAAAAAUCCCCCGAGAAGAAAAAAGAUUCCCCGGCGCGCGGAGGUCACAAGCCCGCGGCGCCCGGCGGCACAAAAAUGGCCGACGUGUGCCCCUGGGACUUUCCAGAGCAAGACUCGGCCGAGAGGGCGUGA